AUGGAUUCAAACGGCCUGAUCGUGAGUUUCGGCGAUAUGUUAAUCGACUUUGUGCCGACGGUCUCUGGCUUGUUGUUGGCGGAGGCGCUGGGAUUCUUGAAGGCACCCGGCGGAGCUCCGGCUAACGUGGCGAUAGCGGUUGCGAGACUUGGUGGAAAGGCCAACUUCAUCGGCAAACUCGGUGAGGAUGAGUUAGGUCAGAUGCUUGUCGGUAUUCUGAAGGAAAACGGCGUCUCCGCCGCGGGAAUCCCCUUCGAUAAAGGAGCACGGACUGCCCUCGCUUUCGUCACCCUACGCGCUGAUGGAGAGCGUGAGUUCAUGUUGUAUAGGAAUCCCAGUGCUGACAUGUUGCUCACUCCCGAUGAAUUGAAUCUUGAACUCAUUAGUGGCGUGUUCAGUAGAGAUUAA